UUUAAACCCCAAACAUGUCCACGGCAGCAGCUUCCAGCGCCGAUUAAAAUCGUUAGGCGAGCUUAAUGAGGAAGGAAGUGCUAAGUAAAUAGAGGGAGGUUUCAUCCCUGCUGCAACGAGCUGGGGCGGGGACGAUCGCAGCGAGUGAAAACUGGUCAAUUAGGGCUCCGAGAUGAAAGGGAAGCGGGAGGUGGAAUGUGCAGCUUGUGCUCCGUCAGAGAUUUUUGGGUGAUUUUGCAAACUGCAAGCAACAAGGGUUGCAUCACUCUGGGGAGGUAAAUCCUGUGGCUCAGCCCCCCCCCCCUUCUCUUCCCCCCUCAGGCCAUCUCAAGUGCUGUAUAAAAGCAGCAGCUUCACUGAGUUGUUCCAUCUCACUCUCCUGCUUCUCAUCUCCACAUCAGCACCACCUCCCUCCCCGCAAACCAAGAAUGGCCUGCUACGACCUGUGCCCCACCACCCCCGGCAUCUCCUGCCCCCAGCCCGUCGCCAACAGCUGCAACGAGCCGUGCGCCCGCCAGUGCCCCGACUCCACCGCGCUCAUCCAACCACCCCCCGUCGUCGUCACCUUCCCCGGCCCCAUCCUCAGCUCCUUCCCCCAGCAAGCCGUGGUGGGCUCCGCCGGAGCCCCCGCCUUUGGGGGCUCCCUGGGGCUGGGGGGGCUCUACGGGGGCUCCCUGGGAUACGGAACCCAGUAUGGAUAUGGGAGUCCAGCCCUGUCCGCGCUCGGCAGCGGCUCCUGCGGCCCCUUCUCGUCCCGCCGCUACAGCCGCGUCUUCCGCAACGUCUGCGGGCCCUGUUAAAAACACGGGGCGGGAUUUCCAACAGCCCCAGUGAAGACCCAAAUCCCGAGCAGUGAGGGCGAGGGCUCAGCCUUCCUGCAGCCCUGCAACGGAGCUCCCGCCCCUUCGUCUUUCUCGCCUCUCUCCUGCUUUUUAGUCAAUCCCUCAGCGCCUUCUUGUCGCUGUUGUCGCCUGUUCCGGCUUUCCCGGUGUUUUUUGAGCCGUUAUUGGCUGUGGACGCCACCUGCAGUGACAGGUACCUGCAUCAACAGCUGCACAACAGCCAGAAGAAGCCGGCUGAGGACAGGGAUAUCUCAGAGAAGGACAUUUAUUGAUCGUGCCCUGAAAUUGUCUGGAGAGACAACUAUUUUUUCUUUCGUGCUCUGUGAUAUCUCGCUUUGCAAACAAGCACUUCUUGCUCAUUAA